AUUUGUUACUUUUAAAAUUAAGAAGAAAAAGCUGUUUCUAUUUUGAGAAGAGCCUCUUUGAAAUGUAUAAUUAAAAGAAAUAAAAUGCCUGUAGAGUUAGGCAACAGGAGAGAAUGGUCUUGGUGUAGGGCCCCCUUUCCCAUAAUCUUAGGAAGUGAGCAGACCCCCUGAUGUCCCUGUGUGUGUUCCCCUGCAGUAAUACGGCCUCUUAUUCUUUCUCUGAUCUUAUUUUUCUAUGUAAAAUGUGGUAUCAGUGCAAUCAUUUUUUCUUUCUGGUUUGAUUUUCAGGAAGAUUUCGACGUCGAUCACUUUGUGUCUGACUGUAGGAAGCGUGUCCAGCUGGAGGAACUAAGAGGAGAUCUGGAACUCUACUAUAAACUUCUUAAAAUAGCCAUGGUCAAGCUCAUCAACAAGGAUUAUGCAGAUUUUGUCAACCUUUCCACAAACUUGGUUGGCAUGGACAAAGCCCUCAAUCAACUUUCUGUGCCUUUGGGACAGUUACAAGAAGUUCUGAGUCUCAGGUCAUCUGUCAGUGAAGGAAUUCGGGCAGUAGAUGAACGAAUGUGUAAACAAGAGGACAUAAGGAAGAAAAAGAUAUGUGUGUUGAGGCUUAUACAAGUUAUUUGAUCAGUUGAAAAGAUUGAAAAAAUCUUAAAUUCACAAAGUUCUAAAGAAACCUCUGCACUAGAAGCAAGCAGGUAAGCAUUUUUUUUUAACUAAGUAGCACAUAAAUUAAUACUUCAUAUCCAGUCUAAUUAGGCGGGGACGGCUUAGUUAGAAUUCAUUUCUGAACAAGAAGAAAAUCCAGGUUUGUGGCUAGAAUGUAGCUCCAGGAGAGUGGAGAGCAUGAAAUGGUGAAAUCUAUAACACGUUCCUAUAAACCCUUUGGUUAUAGACCACAGUUCCAACACGUCAUUAUGCUUGCAGUGGAAAAGUAUAUUUGGAAUCACCUUCCCUGAGGAGUAGCAAAGUCCUGUUGAUCUUUAAGGCAUACCUACCAUUCAUCUUGGUUUUUCUCCAUCUCAUUUUUUUUCCUAGACAUGCCCAGAGUAUUACCAUUGAUGUAUUUUGCACCAGCAUUAUAUUAUUAUGAAACAGUAUAGGACACAUCCAGUUGAAAUUUACAAACAGGAAAGAAAAAGCUUAUGAAAUAGAAAAAAGAUGAUGGCUCUCUUUGUUAUACUGUGAUUGUCUUGUUCCCUUCCUGGUGUGAAUUUUCAAUCAGCCAGGGUAGAUGGGUGACUCAGAAAAUGACUAGUUAGGUCCUGUCAGCACCGUGAGAUGCACAGUGGUGCAGUGGGAGUAGCCCGGGCUGGUCCUGCACAUACCAGCUGGGCUGCCUGCGUCAAGGUCACCUGGUGCCCUGCGUGCUCUGUUGUGUGAGGCUAACAGUCCCUCCCCCUGCAGGCGGAGUUAGGUUUCUAAAUUUUAGGAAUUAAGGUUUUAGAUUUGGAAGGAACUUAAGAGACCAUAUGCUCCACAUGUCUUAUGAUGGAGAUUAAGAAUGGACACAUCCCAAAGGAAGCAAUUCUCUGGUCCUAGGUCUCUGCCCCCUUUCACAUCAAGGCAUUCAACUAAGUGGUCAGCCUCCACUCUGCUUGUGUCUCUAGCCCGUAGCACUUGUGCUUCUGCCCCCGUUCGUCCACACUUAGCAGACAGUCUGUACGCGGCCCUUCUGCAGCCCGUGUGUCUCCAGUGGCUCUGCUUCACUGUGGCCCUUGGCAGCGCCUGCAGCCCCUCCAGCCAUGUCCACGUUCGGCCCCUGGGGAGCUGGCCCUCCAGUGUUCUUCCCGUCUUUGCUGUUGCUGCUGUGCUCCUCGGAUAGAAACACCUCAGUGAGCUCUGUGUCUACAAUCCUGUCCCUUUGCAACACUGUCCUUGAUAAACAGACAUUGUGCGCUUUCUUGCUUAGAAUUACCUUGGAGGACUUUUUUCUCCAGAAGAGCAGCUCUGAGCUCUAGAGUCAGGAAAGCCAGAGCAGCGUCAGCGCACAGUAAAUCCAUCAUGCUCUGCCAGGCCCAGAAAUGCCGAGAUAAGGAUAAAUAGGAAACGCGCAUGGGAU